GAUAUUAGGACAAACAUCACCAAAAUUUUCCAUACACUGAAAUUUCUCAAAAACAGUACAAAUAUUCUCUGAGCUUUUCAAUGUUUCCUUAAAAACCAAAAUCUUUUUUUCUUUAGCUAAGCAAAAUUCAUCACCAUGAUUCCACAGAAAGCAAUUUUCAUUUUACUUUUCAUCACAAUUUCUAUGGCAUUUGAGGUCAGUUCAGAAACAGCAAAAUCAAGAAUGCAAAAUGUAAACAUGACCCAUGUAGCUGAACUCACUAAAGAGUCUUUUUCAGCUGAAAGAAAGUUGGGAUCUUUAGAAGGGAGCAUAAAGUUUGAAUCUUUGAACAAAUCUAGAGUUUUACUAAGUGGGAACUUCACUGUUUUGAGUGAAAACAAGACAUUUGAAGUGGGGUUUUUCAAGACUAAUGAUGAGAGUAAAUGGUAUUUAGGGAUUUGGUUUGCUUCAAUUCCUACCCCUACUUAUGUUUGGGUUGCUAAUCGUGAAAAACCCAUCAAGAAUCCAUUUUUAGCUACUUUGGAGAUUAGUGAGGAUGGGAGAUUAGUUUUGAAGGAAGAUUCAAGAACCAUUGUAUGGGAAACAACCAAUUUGGAGAAAGCUAGUGAUGUGAAGCUUUUGGACCAAGGGAAUUUGGUUCUUGUUUCUAAUGAAGGUGUUUUGGUAUGGGAAAGUUUUGAUUUUCCUACAGAUACAUGGCUUCCUGGGAUGAACUUGACUGCAACAAAAUGGCUGACAUCUUGGAGAAGUACUAAUGAUCCAUCACCUGGAAGGUACUCUUUAAGGCUCCAACCACAUAGUUAUGGUGAGAUAGUUCUUUUUUAUAAUGGUACUUAUCCAUAUUGGUCCACUGGGAAAUGGAGUGAAAAUGCAUUUGUUGAUGUACCAGAAAUGACUGUUCCUUACAUUUACAAGUUCAAUUUUGAAUCACCUUUUACCCCUAUGGCAUCAUUUGGAUACUCAGCGGUGACAUUAGAGAAUGGAAUGCCUCCUCCUUUAACUAGAUUCAUGGUUGAUUUCACUGGACAGGUUAAACAGUUCACUUGGAUCCAACAGGCGCAAAGUUGGAACAUGUUUUGGUCACAGCCAGAGAAUAUGUGUAGUACUUACGGUCUUUGUGGGAAUUUGGGGUUCUGUAAUAGUAAGUCAUUGAAUCCAUGUAAGUGUUUACCAGGGUUCACCCCUUUGGAUGGUGAUUCAUGGGAUGCAGGGGAUUUUUCGGGUGGCUGUCACCUCGAGAGUAAUGAAGUUUGUGGUGAGAAUGAUAGGUUUGAAGAGGUUGGAAUGGUUAAAUAUGAUGGAGCAAGGGUAGUUUCAGUUUCUGGAACUAGAAAUGAAUGUGAGAGAGAGUGUUUAGGUAAUUGUUCUUGUAUUGGUUUGUAUCACAAUGAGAAGACUAAUUUGUGCAAGAGUUUAUAUGGGUCAUUGCUCAAUCUUAGGAAUCUUACUUCCGAUGGCACUGUUGAGGAUAAGCUAUAUGUUAGAGUUCAAGGAGGAGGGAAUACUCGAAAGAAUCAGAUUCAAGUCAGAUUACUUGUGAUCGAAAUGAUCUGUGGAUUUGUGGUAAUUCUGUUAGUUGGAAUUGGGACUUUCUUGGUAGUUAGGAGGAGAAGAGUAAGGAGGAAGAAAAAAGAUGAGGAAGAUGUAUUUCCUAUAAUGAAUUUGAAGGUAUUUUCAUACAAAGAGCUUAAUGCUGCAACAAAGGGAUUCUCGGAGAAGCUUGGUCAUGGUGGUUUUGGAACUGUGUUCCUAGGGGAGCUAUCGGAUUCUUCACUCGUAGCUGUGAAGAGACUUGAAAGACCUGGUGGUGGUGAAAAGGAAUUUCGAGCUGAGGUAUGCACAAUAGGGAACAUUCAGCAUGUUAAUUUAGUGAGAUUGAGAGGAUUUUGCACUGAAAAUUCUCAUAGGCUUCUGGUUUAUGAGUACAUGUCAAAGGGUCCUCUUAGCGCAUAUUUAAGGCGAGAUGGUCAGAAUCUAAGUUGGGAUGUUAGAUUCCGAAUUGCUGUAGGGACAGCAAGAGGUAUUGCUUAUUUACAUGAAGAGUGUCGCAAUUGUAUAAUACAUUGCGACAUUAAACCAGAGAAUAUUCUGCUACAUGAAGAUUUUUCAGCAAAGGUUUCUGAUUUUGGACUUGCAAAGCUCCUUGGUAGGGACUUUAGUAGAGUGUUGGCAACCAUGAGGGGUACCUGGGGCUAUGUUGCACCCGAGUGGAUCUCUGGAUUAGCGAUCACAACGAAAGCUGAUGUAUAUAGCUAUGGCAUGACAUUAUUGGAACUGAUAGGUGGUCGACGCAAUGUAGAGUCACCACCUUCAGCUAAAGGCGAAGAGGGUGGAACAGAGGAGAAGUGGUUUUUCCCACCGUGGGCAGCACGUCAAAUAGUCGAAGGAAACAUUGCUGCAGUUAUGGAUGAAAGACUACAUGGAACGUACAACCUCACGGAGGCAGAACGUGUGGGAUUGAUAGCUAUUUGGUGCAUUCAGGACGAUGAAUCAACGAGGCCUUCCAUGGGAAUGGUGGUGAAAAUGUUGGAAGGAGUAGUCGAGGUGACAACGCCUCAACCUCCGAAGCUGCUCCAAGCAUUAGUAUCUGGUGAAUCAUUCCAUGGGGUAGGAAUUGAUUCAAGUAACGGGACAUCACGAGACGGAGGUUUCAGCUCGGGUUAUAAUCCUCAACGUUCAAGAUAUUCAAAAGACUCUCAAGCUUCAAGUUAGUUAGGCAUGGGUAGUGCACUUGAGACACUUUGUGGACAAGCAUUUGGUGCAGGCCAAAUAGAAUUGUUAGGAGUUUACUUGCAGAGG